UAACCUGCAGUUAUCCCCCAUAAGAAGCUAUUUACGAGGGCAAAAAUAAAUUAUUAACCUGCAGUUAUCCAUGGCAUAUCAUGGCCAUCAUGUAUGAUGAGUGCAAUUUUGGGGGCUGCGUAGACGUUGCUCAGUGACGGGGUGCCUUCCGAACGCAGGGUGAAGACACAAACACAACACGAACCCGUGGCAAGAGACCGAUAUCCGGAAAUGAUAAAGAUCGCGUGAGUAGCCCAGAUUACACGCAGUGACCAGACCCGUAUUUGUUGACUAUACCAUAAAGGAUUAGUGGAGACGAAGUUCGGGAGGGAGCAACAGCACUUUGGCAUCGCAGGUGUCUUUCACGCUGCCUACCACGAUAACGCUCCGGGGAAGACCAAAGCAACAAGUUUGGCAUUACAUUACUGCGAACCAACAGUGAGCACAUCAGAUAAUGACUGAUGGUCAUGGUUUCCUCCUCAUUGCUGGGAUAGCGGCUGCCACUAUAUGACUGAUCACUCUAGGGAAACCUUGGCACGAUGCUCUUUUUAAGUCUGCUUGAGCAUACAAUUCGCAUUCCAGCACAGACCCUCAAUAUUCGUCUAGAUAUAGCUAUUUUCCAGGAACUUCAAAAGCUUUUUGUUGAUAAGGUUAUCAAAGACCUAGGCCUUUGUGUUUCUAUUUAUGACAUCCGAGCACUUGAGGGUGGCUUUGUCUUUGCAGGUGAUGGUGCACCUACAUAUACGAUAAAUUUCAGGCUGAUCAUGUUCAGGCCUUUCAUUGGAGAGGUACUUGUUGGGAAGCUAAAGAAAUCUGACAAAAGUGGAAUAUAUUUGUCUUUAGGUUUCUUUGAUGAUAUCCAUGUACCGGAACAUCAUCUUCAACAACCAAGUACAUUUGAUGAGAAAGAAAAUGUCUGGAAGUGGGACUAUGAUGGCGCUGAGUUGUUCUUGGAUCUAGAUGAAGAGGUGCGAUUUCGAGUCACACAGCUGAAGUAUCCUCCCAUACCACUUGAACAAGAGAACGAUGCCAAACCAUUUGCACCCAUGGAAAUAAUUGGUGACAUCAAUGGAAGUGGCUUGGGCCUUGUUUCUUGGUGGGCUGAUGAUGGAAAUGAGGAAGUUGAAGAGGAUGCAGACAAUUAGAAGCUUUUAGUUUGUAUGGUUGUUUUACGUCUUUCCAUUGUCUUUUGGAAAAAGUGAAACAAAGCUCUAAAUUUUUUCAUUGGAAUUUAGAUUCCCAGUUUUAUUCUCAUGUCAGACUCUACUGCUAUUAUUUUUGUAUCUUAAAAAAUUUCAUGAAAGAACAAUUUGAAUUGGUACUCUAGGUUAGUGCAGUGGUUUUGAUUGAUCCAACCAAAUUGGUCUUUCUUCCAAUAUUUCUAUGGGAAAUAAUUUUCUUACCUAUUUUGUUCACAAUUAGAUUGUUGCCUCGAGGCCUUCUUGUAGCAUUGAUGGUGGUAUUGUUGAUUAGCUGAGUGGGAUAUAGAUGAUUUUAAUGUGUCAAGAUAAACAUUAUACCAU